UGUCCCAGUGCUGCCAUUCCGACGCACAUCUUUCGCAGAGGAGCAACAGCUACACGGAGUUGGUCAAAGUGGACUACACAGAUCCCCCCCCCCCGCGGACAGGGACCACUUCAUACCUGGGGUUUCCAUCCUCUGCUCGGGCAGGGCAGCAGCCCGGAGAUGCGCCCCUGGACAGAGGUUCGGUGUCGGUAAAGUCAGAUAAAGAGAAUGAGACUGAGAGAGAGCUCCGUGUAGCGCUCCUGUAGCAGGAAUAACGGGACCUGAUUGAAUGCAAAAUAAAGAAGCGGUCGGUUGUUAUUUUUUUCCGAGGAUUUUUUUUUCUUUUUUGGUAGAAUGGGGCGGUGAGAGCCCCAGUCACAACUGAAGACAUGAGAAUUGGGAGAGGAACAAAAAGCUCGGCUGCGGUGCUCUGUGUUUGAGUCUCCAUCCAUCCGAAGGGUCCAGUCUACACACCUUUAUUCAUGUUGCAAAAGCCUGUUUUAUGACAAUGGAUUACUUGCUGUGGGUGUGCAGCCUCGUCGUCCCCGUGGUGCUGGCUGUAGAAGAAACCCUUAUGGACAGUCGGUGGGCAACCACAGAGCUGGCUUGGACCACAUUCCCAGAGAGUGGGUGGGAGGAAGUUAGCGGCUAUGAUGACUCCAUGAGCCCAAUCAGAACCUACCAGGUGUGUAAUGUCCGACAGCCCAACCAGAACAACUGGCUGAGGACAGACUUUAUCCCCCGGAGGGGCGUGCUGCGUGUCUACGUGGAGCUCAAGUUCUCCGUCCGUGACUGUGCCAGCAUUCCCAACAUCCCCGGCUCCUGCAAAGAGACCUUUAAUCUGUUUUACUACGAGUCAGAGGGGGACACGGCUACAGACACCAGCCCUCUGUGGAGGGAGAACCCCUACGUGAAGGUGGACACUAUCGCCCCAGAUGAGAGUUUCUCUCUGCUGGAGGCAGGCAGGAUCAACACCAAAGUGCGCAGCUUUGGCCCCCUCUCCAAGGCAGGCUUCUACCUGGCGUUCCAGGACCUGGGCGCCUGCAUGUCUCUCAUCUCAGUCAGGGUUUUCUUCAAGAAAUGCUCCACCACCAUCGCCAAUUUUGCUGUCUUCCCUGAGACUGCCACCGGGGCAGAAGCCACUUCCUUAGUGAUCGCUCCGGGGGCCUGUGUGACCAACGCCAUGGAGGUGUCCGUCCCUCUGAAGCUGUACUGCAAUGGGGAUGGCGAGUGGAUGGUUCCUGUUGGCUCGUGCACCUGUGUCGCUGGCUUUGAACCCUCUGCAGACAGCACUCAGUGCCAGGCUUGCAUCCCCGGGACCUUCAAAUCCAAAUUCGGGGAGGGAUCCUGCGCUCCCUGCCCGUCCAACAGUCGCACCAGUGCGAGAGGAGCUAGUAUUUGUCCCUGCCAGAAUGGUUUCUACCGUGCUGACAGCGACCCUCCUGACUCCACCUGCACCACUAUCCCCUCGGCGCCUCGCAAUGUUAUAUCCAGCGUGAACGAGACCUCGCUGUCCCUGGAGUGGGAUGAGCCCGAGGACACAGGUGGCAGGAGCGACCUGGUCUACAACGUGGUGUGCAAGAAAUGCCUGAGAGACCGGAGCCCCUGCACGCGCUGUGACGACAACGUGGACAUCGCUCCUCGCAGGCUGGGGCUUAGGCAGAGGAAAGUGGUGGUUAGGAACCUGCAGGCUCACACGCGCUACAGCUUCGAGGUGCAGGCUGUCAAUGGGGUCUCUGGGAAAAUCCCCACCUCGCCCAGCUACUCCACAGUCAACAUCACCACCAACCAAGCUGCGCCUUCAGCAGUGCCCACCGUCCAUCUGAUGCGCUCCACCUCAGACACUCUCAGCCUGUCGUGGCUGCCCCCAGAGAAACCCAACGGGGUCAUCCUCGACUACGAGAUUAAAUACCAUGAGAGGGGCCAGGCAAUGUCUCACACCGUAACAGCCCAGCACAGUUCAGCUAAGGUGGAGGGGCUGAGGGCUGCAACGCCCUAUGUGGUGCAGGUUAGAGCUCGCACUGUUGCUGGAUACGGACGCUACAGUAACCCCAUGGACUUCAGCACCAGCCUACACAGUGACCCUCAGAAGUCGGUGCAGGACCAGCUGCCUCUCAUCAUCGGCUCGGCCUCUGCGGGCCUGGUGGUCAUUGUUGCCUUGGUGGUAAUCGCGGUUGUCUGCCUCAAGAAGCAGCGCAGCGGCUCAGAGCUGGAAUACACUGAGAAACUGCAGCAAUACAUUUCCCCGGGGGUCAAAGUGUACAUCGAUCCUUUCACCUACGAGGACCCCAACGACGCCAUCCAUGAGUUCGCGAAAGAGAUAGACAUCUCCUGCGUGAAAAUAGAAGAAGUCAUUGGCGCAGGUGAAUUCGGCGAGGUUUGUCGCGGGCGUCUCAAGCAGGCCGGUCGCAGGGAGAUGGUGGUGGCGAUUAAGACGCUGAAGGCUGGCUACACCGAGCGCCAGAGGCGGGACUUCCUCGCCGAGGCCUCGAUCAUGGGCCAGUUCGACCACCCCAAUGUGAUCCGGCUCGAGGGCGUCCUGACACGGAGCUGCCCCGUCCUCAUCAUCACCGAAUUCAUGGAGAACGGAGCGCUCGAUUCCUUCCUAAGGCUAAACGACGGACGCUUCACGAUGACACAGCUGGUCGGGAUGCUGCGUGGCAUCGCUGCGGGCAUGAAGUACCUGUCAGACAUGAACUAUGUUCACCGAGACCUCGCUGCCCGGAAUAUCCUGGUCAACAGCAACUUGGUCUGCAAGGUCUCUGACUUCGGCCUGUCACGCUUUCUGGAUGACACUUCAGCUGACCCCACUUACACAAGCUCCCUGGGAGGGAAAAUUCCCAUCCGAUGGACAGCACCGGAGGCCAUCGCCUUCAGGAAGUUCACCUCUGCCAGUGACGUGUGGAGCUACGGCAUCGUCAUGUGGGAGGUGGUGUCCUAUGGGGAGAGACCAUACUGGGACAUGAGCAACCAGGAUGUGAUGACGGCAGUAGAGCAGGACUACCGGCUGCCCCCACCCAUGGACUGUCCCAUGGUGCUGCAUCAGCUGAUGCUGGAGUGCUGGAUGAAGGAGAGGAACCUGAGGCCCAAGUUCUCGCGCAUCGUCAGCACCCUGGACAAGCUGCUCCGCAACGCCGCCAGCCUCAAGGUGGUGACCAGCACCUACUCAGGGGACCUGCUGCGGCUCGGAGGAACGCUGCCGGGACACAACAGGAAGAGUCCGGACAGCAGUCAGGAAAUCGUUCGGCAACAGAUGAGCCAAACUCUCCCCAUCAGAGUGUGAAAACCAGAGGAUACAGAACAAAUUAAAAAAGAAAAAACUACCUAGAAACUCUGAUGCAAAAGAGCGUGAUGUAAAAUAAAAAGAAGAAAACAAAAGAAAGAAGCUCCGGCUACAGAGAACGAGGACCGUUGUUUUUGGAGGUUUCUUUCCGAACUGGAGAUUUAAUGUCCGUUUAAAGAGAACUUUCCAUUGCAGUGUGUGUGUUCAUUACUUGACACUUGUGGAUUUGUGACUGUUGACAUAAAGCCAAACUUCCUAUUGCCCCCUCUCAGGUUGUGUUUGCAUGUCUGCAUGUAUUUUUUCUGCUGGUUGGGAAUCAGUCUUUCCUUCUCUUCCUUUCCCCUCAGACUGAGGACGGGAGAGCUCACACAGAUGAUAGGAUUCAGUGUCUAGAUGAUACAACAGUGCCAAGAUAAAGCAAACAUUUGCUUAAAGCUAACUCUUAAGACAUCUGUAGACCUUCAAUCCAAUCAAUCUUUUCUGGGUUUUUUUUCUACCCAACCAACUGUUUUAUUUUACUUUUUUUGGAAACAAGAAAAAAAACACACACUUUUCAUCCACUUCCUCUUAAAUACUGUCUUCCACAUGUACUGGGAGAUAUACGUGUUACAAAUCUGUACAAAGCAUCUGAGUCUUCACACCGUCUCUCUCUGUCUGCCAGAGAUGGGAGAGAUGUUAACUGACACUGUGCGGGACACGUCAUGUGCAUGCCAAAGUGGAAGCUUCUUAAAUACAAAUAAGUUCCACAUUAACUGUUGCUUUGGUGGCAUUUUGCUGUAUGGACUUUUAAUGUCCAUGUUUUUCUUAAUCUUAUUUGAUUCAUAUUCGCAUUGUUUUGAAUGCUAAGUUAUUAUCUAUUACUGCAAAGAGGUGUUUUUUUGUGUUUUUUUUACAAGUACCGGGGCUUAACUUUUUUAUUACGAUGCUUGUUUUUUCACACAUUAACAAACCAGACAGACAUGAAUGAGUGAAUUUAAGAAGGAGUACGCUCUGCUCGGACAGAGGAAUCACCUUUAAAAACCACUGAGGAGACUCUGUCGACAUCGCUGUUAGGCAUUAGUGCUGUGUUGUAUAUUUUACUUUGGCAAACGUGUUGCAGAUCAGCGAGAAUUAAAAAGGUCAGUAUCUAGAUGAUAGCAUUCAUGACCUUAAUAUUGACCUGACCUACAAACAUUGAUGUAGAACAAAUCACUCACUGGUUCAUUUCUCCUGACAUGUUUUUCUUCAGCACGCCAGCUGUCAGCGCAGUUCCUAUUUAAAAACAACUGCCUGUAUAUAAUACUAUAUUUCUAUUAGACCAAUCUGCUCAGCAUUUCCAAUUAUCUGACCUGACUUUGGCCUCUCUAUGACCCUCGUUUAUAUGCUUGUUUGUUUAUUGUGGAGGAGCAAACAAAUGGAGAAAUUACAGUUUAAUGGUCAUUACAUAUCUGAAACUGCAGUAUAUGUCAAAAUGAAAGACGAAAAUGAAAUGUGUGUCUGUUAGGGCAGACUUUUUCCUGUGCAAUUAAAGGUGUAUUAGAUUGUAAAAAAAAAAAAAAAAAGCCAGAAACCUAGAACAAAAAUAAGCAUUUCUCUUUCAGUAUUUUUACGAUAAUCAUAUGCAAAUAAAUUAUUAAACGGA